UUUACAUGCGUUAUUCGCUAAAGCUUGUCACUUGUCAGUGUUUGUAAUUUUUGGCUUUAUCAUUCCCUUCGUCCGGAUUUUUACAACCCAUUUUUUUAACAUGUAAAUAGUUUCUUCGAAUGCUUCAUCAUCAUGAGUUUUAAAACUAUUGGUGUCAAAUUGGAUGGUGUACCGACUGAUAUUGUAAUUGGAAACUUUACAAAUAACAUUUUCAUUGUGCUAACACAAGUGAAAAAAUUUGGAUCCAUUAUCAGUGUAAAGCCAGAGGCAUUUAAAACAGCAGAAGGACAGCAACAAGUAUACGACGUCAGGAACCUAUUAGGCCUUGAAAAAGAAAGUUCGCUAGUAGCAGCAAGAUUUCUUGCGGAGCAGUUAGAAGUCCCCAAGCCAAUUAUCUUUUCAAUCAGUCUCAAAGAUGAUAGUCCACGAGUACUGAAGAGCAUUAAGAAAGUUCUGCUCGACAAUAAAUGUUGGUGAUUUUCUUCUGAAGAACCAAAUAAUGAAGGUCUCAUUCGGGCAGCUUGUGAUGGGUCCACCCGGAAGCGGCAAGACCACAUAUUGCGAGGCAAUGUCUAAGCUGUUGCUGGAUAUCGGGAGGAAAGUAGCCGUUGUCAACUUAGAUCCAGCCAAUGAUAACAUGAAUUACAAAGCAAGUAUAGAUAUUGCUGAGCUGGUAACCGUGGAAGAUACAAUGCAGUAUUUGAAUCUCGGGCCGAAUGGAGGCCUCGUUUACUGUAUAGAAUAUUUAGAAAAAAAUUUGAAGUGGCUCUUGGAUAGUUUGAAGAAAUUUGAAGGCUACUAUUUCAUUUUUGAUUGUCCUGGUCAGGUAGAGCUUUAUACACAUCAUGAUUCUAUGAAGAAAAUAAUGCAGUCAUUAUCAGAACAAAAUUUCCGGCUCUGUGCUGUCCAUUUAGUCGAUUCGCACUACUGCAGUGAUCCAGGCAAAUUCAUAUCGGGACUACUCAUGUCGCUAUCAGCCAUGCUACAAAUGGAGCUUCCGCAUGUGAAUAUUUUGUCAAAAAUUGAUAUGAUAUCCAAGCAUGAAAAGAAACUGGCUUUUGGAGUGGACUAUUACAUGGAAGUCCUCGAUCUUUCCUACCUUCUAGAUGCGCUGCAAGAUGAUCCCUUCACCAAAAAGUACAAAAAACUAAAUGAAGCGUUUGUCUCAAUAGUUGAAGACUUCAGUCUGGUUUCAUUUGUCCCUCUGAAUAUCAAAGACAAAAGCACAGUAGUACGAGUGAAAAACAGCAUCGACAAGGCAAAUGGCUAUGUUUAUGGGCACGGUGAGGAAAGGAAUGUCCAAACGUUGCUUGCUUGUGCAGUCGGAGCAGAAACAGAGCAAGAUCGGAUCGGAACUUUUGUUGAUCGUUACAACGAUGAAUCGGAAAUGGUACUUGAUAAGUCUUGAGGAACUAUCAAGUGUUGAAGGUUUUCAGAAUUGAGAAUUGAUGACCAUUUUGUGAAUGCUAAUUCUAAUCAAUUAUGAAACUUUUCGCCCAGAUUAAUUUGAGUCAUUGAAGUCAGUCCCAGAAGUUGGUACAUUGGGAGGUGUUGUCAAAAGAUAAACUUUUUGAUUGAGGGGUGUUGCAAAUGAAACAGUAAAUGAACAAUAAUGGCAUAAAUCAAUUUCUUGUUUAGCUGACUUAUUUCAGACCAAGCUAUGUAAGAGAAUUCAUAUCGGAACGGAAGUAUGAACCUACUUGCCUCUUUGUCUCAUCAUUUGUUCAUUCUCUAAAAACUUUUUUGAUUUCUCGUAACUGAUUUUAUUUUUUUAGAAGACAUAUUCAUAAAUUACCCCCUCUAUUUUUUUCCUCAAAAAUUAAAACUUAUUAUGCAACUCAAAAAAUGUAACAGUGGAGCCACUGACUGUGCUGUGUCACUUGGGUAGUUUUACUCAGGCAACACUUUGCGGGUCUUCCUGUUAUUCUAAUAGAUUAGAAUAAAUAUUUAUAAGCCCUCCUAAAAUGAUUGAAUACAUUUUAUUAAGAAGAUAAUUAUUGAUGCCUCAGGUGUAAGAAUACCUGUUUGCAAAUGUUUUUCUCCGUUUCUUGUACUAUUGGAUAAUUUUAUCAAUACCUUCAUUCUUAAAAAUUUGUUUUGACCUCCUUUACGUACCUCCCUGAGUUGACUCCUUGAAAGCAUGGAACAGUCUCAGAAGUGUCAGAGAAAACCCUUGAAAAAAAAAGAAUUCAGACAGUAUCAUCAAAGUAUAGAAAUGCAGGUGAAAAUAUGGUUCUUUCAGCUGUUAUCAAUCCUUCAUAAUAUAAAACCUGCAAAAAAAAGUAACUUCUGAAUCGAGCAGCAGCGUAUAGGGGGAAAAAUUGAAGCUGUGAUCUGUCAUGUUAACUUUUCACAAAAUUAACGUUAAGAAAUUUUCUUUUGUACCUUGAACUCUAUACCUUGUCAGUACUUACUGAAUCAACUAAUAAAUAUUUAUUUUAUCAAUAA